CAUGUAUGUAUAUAUGUAUAUGUGUGCGAGGCACCUUAUGUCCGCGAUUUUAAUAUAGCUCGGUAGUGAACCAGCAUUUGCUCGUCUCUUUCAUAUUUACUAGGUUCACCGAGAUUUUUUUUUAAUGUUUAUUUCACCGAUCUCAAUAUAAUUAUAGAAAAACGAUAGAGUUUAACUCUCCUUAUCAUCAUUAUCGACUUAAGUUCUAUUAGUCUAGAAAGACUAAUUUCAGAGUAAAAUUUUACGAUCUAAAACCGGCAUCGAAUGUUAUUUAUAGCAGCUUAAAGCAAAAUUCAUUCUAAAUGUUUAUGAAAGCAGAGACGGAAACUAUCUCCAUUUCAGUCGGUGUUUAAAUGAAUCGAAACGGAGCUACGAGACAAAGGAUAAUACGCUGAAGAUAAUUAAUGAUAAAAUCCUAUUUAUUUCAAUCAAUCGAUCUUUAUUGACAUCAAAGGAAUUUUUCCCCGGCACAUUUUAACACCAACCAGUGAUGUAUCCAGUGAGAAUGCCAAGUGAAGAAGGCAAACAUGGUGAUGGUGGAGACCAGAAGCCUGUGUCUCAGAAUAAUUCUAGUCUGUCAUCAACAGCACCUCCACCAACUUCAGCCACUGGCGGAACUGGCACAAAAUCACAAUCACAACCCAUGAAACCUAAUUAUACACUAAAAUUUACUCUUGCUGGUCACACCAAAGCAGUUUCUUCAGUCAAGUUCAGUCCGAAUGGAGAAUGGUUAGCUAGUUCGUCUGCUGAUAAAUUAGUCAAGAUUUGGGGUGCAUAUGAUGGAAAAUUUGAGAAGACUAUCAGUGGACAUAAACUGGGUAUUUCAGAUGUAGCCUGGUCUACAGACAGUCGACUACUUGUCAGUGCCUCUGAUGAUAAAACACUGAAAAUAUGGGAACUGACUUCAGGCAAGUGUAUGAAGACAUUAAAAGGACAUAGUAAUUAUGUAUUUUGUUGUAACUUUAACCCACAGUCAAACCUCAUUGUAUCUGGUUCAUUUGAUGAGAGUGUCCGAAUAUGGGAUGUAAAGACAGGAAAAUGUUUGAAGACUCUCCCUGCUCAUUCAGACCCAGUAACAGCUGUUCAUUUUAACAGAGAUGGUUCCCUCAUUGUAUCCAGUAGCUAUGAUGGACUGUGUCGUAUCUGGGACACAGCAUCAGGACAGUGUCUAAAGACAUUAAUUGAUGAUGACAACCCUCCAGUAUCAUUUGUGAAAUUUUCACCAAAUGGAAAAUAUAUUCUUGCUGCUACACUUGAUAAUACUCUCAAACUGUGGGACUACAGCAAAGGAAAGUGUUUAAAGACAUACAUUGGUCAUAAAAAUGAAAAAUACUGUAUUUUUGCUAACUUUUCGGUGACUGGAGGGAAGUGGAUUGUAUCUGGGUCAGAAGAUAAUAUGGUUUAUAUCUGGAAUCUACAGACAAAAGAAAUUGUUCAGAAACUACAGGGUCAUACAGAUGUUGUCCUCUGUUGUGCAUGUCAUCCUACAGAAAAUAUCAUCAGUUCAGCUGCUUUAGAAAAUGAUAAAACCAUUAAGUUAUGGCGCAGUGAUGUCUAGCUUUGGAGAUCAAAUGGAAAUUUUUGAAUUGUACAUAUUUCCUACACAGUGUGCUUACAGGAAAAUCAAAUUGCCUAUCAAACCUCAGAGUUCACCGGAGAAAUUGACAGGGAAUUUCAUGAAUGCAUCUCAUUACUAAAAUCAACUACAGCAGAAUCAUUUUUGAAGAUAUAAAGUCCAUAACUUCAUUGGAACUUUGUUCUUGUCUCAAAUUGCCGUUGUUACAUUCUUUUCCAUUACCUUCACAUUUCUCAUACUUUGCAAUGGACAUAUCUAUAUCUAAGUUUGAUUCUAUCAUCAUCAUCAACCUGUACAAUUUUUAAACAAUUAGCUAAUUACACUAUUUAAAUAAAUAAAUAAAAAUGCUGUUGUUUUGAAUGAUUCUGA